CUCAGCUUGCUCUCUCUCUCUUCUUCCCCGCCCCUCACUCUCAUACACUCAGGCAGCAUCCUCCUCUUUCUACUUCUACCUUCGCACUCACCUCUCCACAGCGCCUUCCGCUCCGCUCCGCUCUCUUUCCCUCUGUCACCCACUAACACAUAUCAUCUCCUGCAUCUCGUCUUCUGGCUCCCCUGUCACACUCCGGCUUCUUCUGUUCCUCCCUCCGUCUCAGACACUCAGCCUCAGCUGUCUCACACAAACGCACUCGUACACACUCAUGCUGAUUGGCAUCCAAGGACAGAGCACCCUCUCUGCCAAAGCCAGCUACCAGGCAGUUUUCUUGUGUGGAGAAGCUUGUUGAGUCUGAAGAAACCAUGGAGCACAGCCACAUCUUUCCUGUUUUUCCUCCUAACGGGAGCACCUGGAGUCCAGGGCAUCAUCCCCCUGAGGUUACCCAGGGAUGCCCCCUCGGACCACUGCCCGUCAUCUACUACAGUGUCCUGCUCUGCCUCGGCUUGCCAGCCAACAUCCUGACCGUCAUCAUCCUGUCCCAGCUGGUGUUACGUCGUCAGAAGUCCUCCUACAACUAUCUCCUGGCUUUGGCGGCUGCUGACAUCCUUGUUCUUCUCCUCAUUGUUUUUGUCGACUUCAUCCUGGAGGAUUUUAUUUUGGUCACGCCACUGCCUCUGUCACUGAACAACGCGGUGCAAGUCCUGGAGUUCUCCUCCAUCCAUACCUCCAUCUGGAUCACCGUGCCGCUCACCAUUGACCGUUACAUUGCAGUUUGCCAUCCACUGCGCUACCACACCGUCUCCUACCCAGCGCGCACACGGAGGGUGAUACUGGCGGUCUAUGUUGGGUGUCUGCUAUCUGCUGCUCCAUAUUACUGGUGGCCUGAGCUCUGGCACAGCCUGCCUGGAGUUGAUGGCAGUGAUGGAGAGAGCGGCAGAAGAACCAUAGCCCAGCAUGUUCUUGUGUGGGCCCAUUGUGCCACCGUCUACCUCCUCCCCUGUACCGUCUUCUUUUCCCUCAAUACUGUCAUCGUGCGGAAGUUGCAAAGACGCCGGAGCUGCUUCCGUCUGCGCGGCUAUUCUACUGGCAAAACCACUGCUAUUCUCCUGGCCAUCACCUCUAUUUUCGCCAUUUUGUGGGCCCCUCGCACCGUUAUGAUCCUCUACCAUUUCUACUCCCAUCCGCCAGCCUCAGACGAUGCUGGCCGACUGCUCCAUAUGCUCACCGAUUUGGCAAAUAUGCUAGCUUUGCUCAACACUGGUGUCAACUUCUUUCUCUAUUGUUUCAUCAGCAAGCGCUUCAGGGGAAUGGCUGCCAAUGUGCUACGAGCCCUCGUCCAGUGCCGGAAACAGCCACCACCAUUUUACGCCAGCCACAAUUUCUCCAUUACAAGCAGUCCGUGGAUCUCACCGGCCAACUCUCACUGCAUCAAGAUGUUGGUGUACCAGUAUGAUAAAAAUGGGAAACCCAUUUGUAUUUCCUCUUGAUUUCUCAGCCACAUCGGCCCAACACACCCUCAGUCCUUAUGGGACAUCCUGGAGGCUUUGUCUCCUUGGCGACAGGCUUUGUCCUCAUGGGACUAUAUGAAGCUUGCAAAUGUCAACAUGCCCACAGGGUAGCGAGAUGACAGUUUGGCUAGCUUUCAGCGAUAACAAAACUGUAAGCUAGGAAGGUGGAAAA